AUGACCGAUCAGCUGACAGCAGCAGCUUCCAGGCCGGUGGCACUGCGGCCGGCUCUGAGCCUGACACGGAAGGGUGAAGGAGGCAGUGCAGUAGUUAUAGGGGGCACGGCGGGAUUCACUCGGUUAUCUAACCUGCUGAAACACCAGUCAGCUUACGCUGCUGAAUGCCCGUUCACCUGCUCUCAUUGCGGGAAGGGAUUCACUCGGUCAUCCAAAGUACUGGCACACCAGGCAGCUCACAUUGGGGCAAAGCCAUUCCCCUGCUCAGACUGUGCGAAUCGAUUCACUUGGUCUUCUGAAAUGAAGGCUCAUCAGCGAGUUCACGCCGGACCGACGCCGUUCACCUGUUUUGUAUGUGGGAACGGAUUCACUCAAUCAUCUGACCUACUGGUACACCAGCGAGUUCACGCUGGGGAAAGGUCAUUCACUUGCUGGGAUUGUGGGAAGAAAUUCACUCGAUCAUCCAACGUACAGACACACCAGCGAGUUCACGCUGACUCUGUCAGACUGCUGCGAUUCACUCGGUCAUCUGAUCUGCUGACUCACCAGCGAGUGCACACUAGGCAGACACCAUUCACCUGA